AUGCAAAAAAUUAAAAAGCGUACAGGUGAACUCAACAGCGAAAUAAGAGCACAUCAAGAUAGAGUACACUUUUUGCAAACAAAAUUGAAAAGUGUCUUGAAAGAAUGCAAGUAUUACCUCUUGCAAAACAACAUCAAUGAAGAUAAAAAGAAAUGGAUCCGUAAGCGUGCUGGACCAUUACAUCAGCAAGAGACCAAGCAUAUCAAUCAGAUGUACCAAAGGAUAGAACAGAUAAAGACAUGUAAAGCUGAAUUCAAUGCAAGAUUACACAGAAUGAAAGAGGAAUUAUCAACGGAAAGAACAAAAACUUAUCUUAAGCGAAAACAACUGACAACUUCAUCCAAUAGAACUAGAGAGGAACAAAGAAUACAUAUUAUCACACAAGAUGCACUUAGGUGUAUCGACAAAGUAGAAAAUAUGAAGAUAGACAAUGGCUUAUUAAAAUCGGGCAAAAUUACAUUUUUGGGCACUGAUAAUGGUCUUGUCACUACGAUAGAAACUGUUGGCUUUGAUAUGAAAAGGUUUAAAUUCCACCUUUAUCUAUAUAAUAAGUACUCUGCUUUAGAAAACCUGUCAGACGAAGAACAAGAAACAAGUGGAUCUACUAUUCAAAUGUCCCCAUACAUGCAGUUACCGAAGCCAUACAAGACCCAUGCAUCUGAAGUUGACUACAAAAACGGUGCACAAAAAUAUAUAAAGCAGCUUGAACUUGCUAAAAACACUACUGAUAUAGGACGACAAGUGGUGGAAGCCGAGGUCCUUUUAAGCAAAGUUGAUACAACUAGUGCUAGAAAGCUUGAACAUUUAAAUGAAUUACAUAAUACAUAGAUUGAACAUAA